GUUUAUGGAUUAUCAUAAAUAUUGGUAUGCAUCUUCCAUAAAAAAAAUCAUUGAAUUUUUGUUUUAAUUAAUUGAAUCUUGUUUCAGAUUCAUCGACUCUCUUGUGUUCUUAAAUAUUUUUUUUUUGUUUGUCAAUCAAUAAAUAAUAUUUUUUUUUAAGAAAAUGUGUAAAAGUAUGUUUAUUUUUAUCAAAACUUAAAUUUGAGGAAAAGUUUUAGAAAAUAAAAGGAGAAACGAACACACUCGGUGCAAAUAAGAGAUUCAUGUAUAGAAAGCCCUCCUAAAAUUUAGACCUCAAAUCUCUAUAUCGAAAACGAAAAACAGUGUUAAAUAGUUUAGACCGAACUCUUAUUUGUUAUGCAAUCUCUAUAUCGAACUCUUAAGUAUUUAGCUGGGUCAAAAGAUAAACUUCUUUUGAUGAGGUAAAAGAGACUUGGUUGUUAAGUCAUGAUGAGGUAACCUCUUAUGAGUGCAAAUGAGCCGAGUCGAGUUUUACCCCAACUUGAGCUCGGCUCGUUAAUAAACGAGUCGAGUUCGAGCUCAACUCGUUUAUUAACGAGCCGAGUUGAGUUCGAGCUAGCUUGUUUAUUAAAAUCUUGACUUUUAUUUGGUACUUCAUUUUGUCUAUCAUGAUACAUAUGAUUUAUUUUGUUAGCUAAUCUCAUAUUAUACUUUGUUGGUAUCAUAUAUAAUUUAGUUAAUAAAUCUUAACUACAAAUCAUGUUAUUUCAUAGCAUCGAAGCAAUCUAUGAUGCAUAAUUUCUUUUUAAAGUAGAAAAUAAGAUAUAUUUGAUCACAUACUCAACGUGUUAAACUUUGUAUGUGAGAUAUAUAAUUUAACAACCAUAUGAAUUAAAAUCAUAAGAUAUAGAUUGAUUCGUCCAUAAGUUGGUAAUAGAGUUGGCUCUCUAGCCGGGUUUAGAUAGCGUCACAACCCUCAUGGGAGUUGUGAUUUUCACUUCCUCCUUCGCAACCAUUAGAUCCACCCUCUCUCUUGGUUUUUCAAAUUAACGGUUUAGAUUAAAUGAAGGAUAUUUUUGGAAGAGAAAAACUUACCACACAGGAUCCUUUCUCAUUUUCUAUAUAAUCUGAUUUCCAAAAAAAAAAAAAAAACUCUUCCUCUCUCCCCUCUCUCUCUUUCCUCUCCCGAGAACCCUAACUACUCUCUGUCUCUCCCUCCCGUUGUUGUCGCCGCCGCUGCCGCCGCCCCCUCCCGUCGCCACCGUCGUCGUCUUUCCCUCCCGUCGCCACCGCCACCAUCUCUCCCUCCCUCCGCAGCCGUCGCGUCCUCCGCCUCCCACCAUCGCAGCCCUCUCUCCUCCCUCCAACUCCUGUCACCGCCAUCUCUCUCCCGCCGUCCUCCUCAGCCGCCGCCGCUAGGUAACAACCUCUCCCCUUCCUUCUCCUUUCCUCAUUCCUUAAUUUUUUUCCAGAUCUGGAAUUUUCUAGAUUCCAGAUCUUGUUUUUUUUAUGUUAUUCUCUAGUGGUACUGAUUUCUGUCUAGUGGUACGCUACCAGUGGUAGUGGUAGCGUACCAGUACUCAGUGGUAGCGGUACCAGUGAGUAGUGGUACUGAUUUCUGUCUAGUGGUACGCCAGUGGUAGUGGUAUCGUACUACUAUUCACUGGUAGCGGUACCAGUGGUAGUGGUAGCGUACCACUACUCACUGGUAGCGGUACGAGUGGUAUUUGUAGCGUACCACUACCACUAGUACGUACCACAACUACUGGUAGCAUACCACUAGAUGAAAAUCAGUACCACUAGCACACUGACGGAGUGGUUUUUUUGCAGUUGGCCGGAGCGAGUCUGAUUGGAGGAUUUCACCGGAAAAAUUCGUCGGCCAGAGAAACUUUGGUGGUCGGAGUGAAGAGGUUGCUGGAAAAGAAAGAGAGAGAGAGAUAUAAGCGUAUUAAUUGUAGGAUUUGAAUUAAAAAAGUAUUUAAUCUGGGUUUUUAAUUCCCAAUCUGUAAUUAAUACAAAAAUAAAUAAAUAAUAAAUUCUGUUUUUUUUUUCAUACCCAAAUUGCCCUUGGAUGUGAAUCUCACAUCCCUCUUAGGGGAUGUGACCGUAUCCCACCCCUCUCUAGCCACAUGUUAAGACAUAUCAUGAGCUCUAAAUGAGCCAGCUCAUGAGUUUAGCUCAACAAGCCACCGAGUCGAGCUUGCUCGCGAGCUUCACGAGCUGAACAAAGGUUAGCUCGUGUUCAACUCGUUUAUUAACGAGCCGAGUUUCAAACGAGCUUUUCUCAAAUCGAACGUCGAGCCGCUCGCGAGCAGCUCGACUCAUUUGCGGUCCUAUAUUGAUUAAAGGUAAAAGUACAAAGACCGCAUUUAUUCUAAUGCGUAACUGAUGAGGUAAUUUUGAAGACUUUUUAUGCGCCACCUUUGUUGACUCCGCCAGCGCAUCCAGUAGUAGUUUUCAAGACUUUUUAUUACCAAAAAUAUAUGAUUAAGUUCAAUGGAUGUGCAUGGCUGAUGGUACUACUACUACCAGCUUAACCUGCAUUGUUAAAGUAAAAUUAUAAUCCAGUACUUUCUAAUUUCUAUACAAUAAUCUUGUAGUAUGUCCUUAAUAUCUUGUAGUAUGUGCUUAAUUUCUAUACAAUAAUCUCGUAGUAUGUGCUUAAUAUCGAUAAUAAUCUUGUAUUUAUGAGGCACAAUUCAAUUUUAACUGACAAAACACGUUUUUGGUUAAUAGAGAAUGUCUUGAACUAUGAUGUUGAUUAAACGUGUUUAGUGUGAAGCAGUGUAGAGAUCUGUUGAGAAGUCACCAUGAUGUAUUUCCUGAGAAAACAAUGUGUUGGUAGCAGCGGCGGAUCCAGAACAUAGUAGAGCACUGGGCCGCAUUUGAAUUAAAUAUUAAAUAUCAUAAACAAAAAUAUACAAUAACUAUAGUUUUCAUUCAUUACAAUCUCAAUUCUUCUAGAAGGUCUUUUAAUUUGGAAAAUCCAUUAAUAAUAGAAUCUCCAUCCAUACCAAUAGCAUAGUUUCUCUCAUAUUUAACAGGGAAGGGUGGACUUUAGUUUAGAGGAGUUUUUUAGGAUAAAUACUAAUUAUUACUAAAACAUUUUCCGCAUAUUUAAAUAUUAACCAAACCUUUGAAAAUACUAGUCAAAUAUUAACUUCCAAUUGGCAGUUUUGUUAGUAUUAUUGACUUGGCAACGUUAUACUAACUUGGAAGAGACACAUGGAGGCAAACAUUCCAAAACUUUCGUAUUUUAAAUAAGAAAAUAGUUAACAAAUUAUGAACGAUAACAGAAAAUAGCUAAUAUUUUGGUGCAUUACAAAAAAUUUGGCCAAUAUUUUGUAUUUCGAAGGGUUUGGCUAAUAUUUAAAAAUGUAGGAAUGGUUUGGCUAAUAAUUAGUAUUUAUAUUUUUUAUUUCAAUGAAACUUUGUACCUAGUCAUUUACGUUUUGGACUUUUAGAUAUUUUUUCUAAAAUAAAAUUAUUCGGGCUAGAAUUUCUAAACUAAAUUUAGAGUAGUGGUUUUGAUAUGUUUAUCUAGACCAUUUUCCUACUUACAGAAAAUCCUAUUAUAAAAUAACACUCGACCGACUUUUAAAUAUCAUUGGGUCGGUACCGAACUUCGAAAAAUUUAUAAGCACUGUACUAACUCUGUAUCCGGAGGAGGGCUGGGCCGGGGCCCGGGUUGGCCCAGCCCUAGAUCCACCGCUGGUUGGUAGACUCAAAGCAGACAAUAUCUUGGUCGAAAAAGGGUUCAGAUGUUACAGCUCGUAUCAAAGCCUCUUCGUGUGCGUCCGUCUGAGCGAUAUUGGGGCAAACCUUAACAAGGACGUUUGAGACUUGAAAGGGAUUGUAUGUACUAUGUAACAUCUUACGCAUAUCCCACGUAGACAAAGCAUGACACAUCCAUUAUUCAUUAGAAAUAAUAUAUCAACAUUAACUGACAAUACAUGUAGCAGAUAUAAAUGAUAUAUUGGGAAGUCAUUGUGAUGCAUCUUAAAAGCAAUAACCUGUAGCGUAGACAGAAAACAUCCAAUAUCUACAUCGAAAAAGGGUUGGGUUGUUAACGUAUGUGUAAAUGGCUUUUUUUUAGUAAGAUUAGGCAGCGAGCGAGAUUAGUUACAAUGAUGGGUGGUAUAAAUCUUGAUAAUACCUCAUUACCCAUUAAAAAAUACAAAAUAAUUAUUCUUUCUUUUUUCUUUUACCCUUUUAAAUACCGGUCAUCUCAAUACCGUUACAAAAAGAAAAUGUCACGUUGCCGUUUCUUUGACAAGCCCAUCAAUUAUAGUGUAACUAGAAGGCGCCCGCCGUACGUGAAAGCAUCUGCUCAUCAGAGCAACAAAUAUUAUAAACAAUUUGCAGCGGACAGUAGCAGUUAGCCAUUGAUUCGAGUCGAGUUCGAUUUAUUUAUAUUAAUCUUUUUAUUAAUGAGUUGAGUCAAGUCGAGACAAUUUAUGAAUUAAAAUUUUAGCUCGUCAUUUGACUCGAAUUCAACUCAUUUAUUCUAAAUAUAGUCGAACCUUCAAACUAAAUUUCACAACAAUUUAUAAAUUGAAGACCAUAAUAUCUGUUUGUUAUGUGUUGAUACAUGUGAUUAAUUGAUACCAUGUUUGUUGGUAUCUCAUUAUUUAGUUCAUUCUACCAAAAAAUGCUAUUUAGUACAUACAUUUUAACUAGUUCAUAUAAUGUAAUUUCAUUUUUUUUUAUAAUGGUGAAUAUUAUUAGAGACAAGAAAAAGUUUAACGAAGAAACAAAACUAUUCACACGGGUUCAAAAGAAAUGAACCGCAACUGCAAGAAAAAGAAACAAGCAGACCAAACUCCAAAGGGGAGGACUGGCUAGAAGGACCAGGCCAACUCACAAUGUAAUUAAGCAAUCUAUGAUAUGCAUAAUUUAUCUUUUAAAAUUAUAAAUGAGAUCUAGUUUAACAAAUCUAUAAAUUAUCAACAAGCCAACUCAUAAGAUAUAGAUCGAUUUUCUUAUAAGAUGGAAGUCGAGUUGGCUCGCCAAUUAUAAUGUUGAGACAUCUCAUAAGCUCAAAACGAGACAGUUCACGAGUUGACUUCAACAAACCAACAAGUAGAGUGACUCACGAGCAUCAUAAGAUGAACAAAACUAACUCAAUCUCAACAGUUAACAAAUUAGUCAAAUUUUUUCCAAAGUCGAAUGCCGAGCCAUCAAUGAACUACUUACCUGAUUAACAUCCCUACAACUAGCGUGGUACGUGGCAGUCUCAACAAGCCAUGCAGUAGUGUUGUAGCUUUUAAUUGGAGUGCCCUUUAAUCUAAUAUCCGGCAUUUUCACUCACUCGCGAGUCGCGACAAAUAACUACUUUUCUACAUAUGACUAUAUGAGAGCUCCACAAUCAUUAAUCUUUGCAAAUAUUUAAUUGUCUAAUACUCUAAUUAGUUCUAAAUUAUAGCAGUUUUUGUUAUUAAUGGGUUUCUAGCUAAGCAGCUUUUGGGCUUUGGCGAAAGCUAGGAGGCAAACCGUUCAACGCGCCGAGUGCAGGAAUAUGCUGUCGCACUUUUCAAAUUGAAAAUGAAUUAAUUUAAUCAAUUUGCUGUUAUAAAAACAAUUGCAUAUGUAUCUAAUUAUUGUUGGAGUUCCUUUCAUCUAUUUACUAAUGCUUGUCUGAUUAUUAAAACACGGUUUUGUUGAGAUUUGGUCUAAAGAUAAUUUAUUGGGCCAGUUAAUCGGCAGUAUUCCAGCAAAUGUCUCAAAUACUUGUACAGUGUCAUUUGUGUUCGAUAGGAUUUAAGGGCGGAAAUAAACAUGAACAAGCCAAUCGAUGGACUUGUUUGUGUGUGCCAUUUGUGGUUUCUAGGCUUAGCAGCCAAAAACAAAACAAAGGAACUCGUCCCUUAAUUUUUACUCAGCUGGUGUAAUUAAGAAAAAUAUAAUAGAGUUGGUUUUCAUAUUGAAUUUCUCCAACUCAACAUUAAUGAAAGUAGCAUCAUGGUGUUAUGUUAUAAUACAAGUUCAGAUACAAAUUCAAUUUGUAGCAUAAUAUAGAAGUUAUAAAUUCAAUUUAUAUCAUAUCCUUGAUUUGUAAAAAUCAACCAUCAAUCCUAUACAGGAAUAUUGUAAAAUUCCUCCAAAUCUAAUUGUGAGACGAUAGAGAAAACAAAUGGCAUGAAAAUAACCAACUCGAUUGUUGAUCCUUACUGAAGCGUGAGUCUCGAAGAAUUUGACCACAACCUCGGCUUUCUUGUUCUAAUCUACAAUUGUUGGAGCCGCAAAUAUCUGUUCUCAACUCCUCAUCAAAGGUGGUGGUUCUGUUUUAACUCGAACGGUUUUACAAGCUUAUCGAUUUUCUGUAACGGAUAAGCUCUCGACAGUUUUGGCUGAAACCAAAAAUUGCUAGUAAAUCGAUAAGUGUUAACACGAUCAGAGGUUCAAUUUAAAUUUAUUUUGACCGAAAUCGAAGCGAAUUGGACAUAUGCUUAGUUCGAGUUUUAAUUUUACAUGUUAGCCGAACCGAACCACCAUGCCUAAUCCUCGUCAUAUUUUUUUAUAAGUGUCAUAGAAAUUAGUUUUUAUCCUCAAUUGUUACUUAAUUAUCCGGAUCUGUGACAUCCAGACUGAAUAAUAGUAAUAAUAUAGAACCACUAGAGGAAGUCCUUAUCAUAGUUAGUAAAAUACGGUACAAAAAAGUUAUGUAUAAAAUAUGUACGGGUAUCUUACUUUGUCUCUAAGUUAAUGAUAUGUUCAAUAGCAUGUUGAUAGUUAGAAAUAUAUAUAUAAAAUUAAUUAUUUUAAAAAUAAAUAUAUAAAUGUCUUAUCCCGAAGAAAGAAGCUAUAAGUGAUAUUAGGGAUCUUAGACCUAUUAGUUUGGUAUCAAGCCUAUACAAGAUUCUUUCAAAGGUGCUUAUGGAAAGAUUAAAAGUUUUCAUGGGAGGCUUGGUGGCGGUGGAACAAUGUGCUUUUGUGGGUGGUCGGCAAAUCUUAGAUGCGAUACUUAUCGCAAAUGAGCUCAUUGACUCUAGGAAGCGUGCUCGAAAACCAGGAUUAGUUUUCAAAUUGGAUAUAGAGAAGGCAUAUGAUCAUGUAAAUUGGGAGUGCCUCUUUAUUGUUAUGAAGACUAUGGGUUUCCCCCCACCUUGGAUUAGGUGGAUUCGGGGGUGCAUCACUGCUGCUUCGUUCUCUGUUCUUGUAAUGGGGAAGCUUCUGGUUACUUCUCAAGCAAAAGAGGGCUAAGACAAGGAGACUCUCUUUCUCCCUGUCUUUUCAUCCUGGUGAUGGAGGUUCUCUCAGGUAUUCUGAGGACUUUGCAGUCUCGUGGUUUGGUUGAGGGAUUCUUUAUGAAUAAAGAAUUGAGAAUGGGAGAGGUCACUCAUAUUCUCUAUGCUGAUGAUACGUUGUUAUUUUGUGAUGCAUCUGAAGACCAAGUUCGUUCUCUUCUCACAGCCUUAGCUCUCUUCGAAACAAUUUCGGGUCUACGAGUGAACUUACAUAAGAGUUCCAUGAUGGUUGUUGGGGAGGUUGAGAAUCCAUCACGUUAUGCAGACAUUUUUGGAUGUGAGUUGAGUUCUCUUCCGACUACCUACUUAGGAUUGCCAUUGGGUUCCAGAGCAGCUUCUUUGACAGUUUGGGAACCAGUGAUUGAAAAAGUACAAGCUCGAUUAGCUUCUUGGAAGGCCAGAAUGCUAUCUUUUGGCGGGAGGUUGGUGCUUUUGAAAAGUGUUCUUUCUAAUCUCCCUAUAUACUUUCUUUCCCUCUUUAGGGCUCCGAGCUCAGUGAUUGCUAGACUUGAGAAGAUUUAUAAUGACUUUCUGUGGUCAGGGGUGUUUGAGACAAAACGAUUGCAUUGGGUGAAAUGGGAUAUUGUAAAGACUCCAAUUAUUAGAGGCGGUUUGGGAGUCUUGGAUCUUAGGUGUAUGAAUCGAGCUUUGUUGGGGAAAUGGGCUUGGAGAUUUGGGGUUGAGAGGGAUGCAUGGUGGAGGAGGUUGAUUGUUGCAAAGUUUGGACAAGGUAGGUCCGAAUGGAGACCAUGUUGGAAUUUGGGAGUGUAUGGUUGUUCUGUGUGGCGGGCAAUUGUUAACGAAAGCUCUUACUUUUGGAAGGUUGCCUAUGUCGAUCCUGGGGGUGGUUUUGGGGUGUCUUUUUGGCAUGAUUUUUGGGUUCCUGGGAAACUUUUGGUGAGUGAUUUCCCAAGGGUUGGGUUCGUAGCCCAAUCCUUGGAUGCCUUUGUGUCUGACAUGUUUUCUAUGGUUGAUAGGUCUUGGGAGAUUCCUCUCACUAUAUCUCUGAGGGGUGGAGCUGAAGCUGAACGUGUUCUUUUGAUGCAAACGUUGAAUGCUCUUCCUCAACUUUGGAUUACCACAGGGCCUGCACGUUUGGUUUGGCCUUUAGAGGCAUCUAUGGUCUUCUCGGUUCAUUCUUUCGCUACAAACCUUAUUGAGAGUAACUUUGGAGGUGACACUGCUUUCCCUUUCAAGUUGGUGUGGAAUCCUUGUGUGCCCUCAAAAAUAUGUUGCUUCCUUUGGAUGGUCUCUCAUGAGAAGAUUGCUACUGUGGAUAACUUGAGAAAAAGAGGGAUGAUUCUUCCGAAUUGGUGCUCUCUUUGCAAACAACAUGAGGAAUCGAUUUCACAUCUCUUUUUCUCAUGUCCAUUUGCAAUUGCCAUAUGGGAUAAUUUCAAAAACGCUUUUGAUCUUCAUGGUCCUUACCUUCCUUUCAUUCGCCAAUUCCUCAUUGCUUGGCGAGGCUUGUGGUGUGACCCACGGUUCAGAGACUGCAUCAAGUUAUUGCCCCAUGCAGUGUGUUGGUACAUCUGGUUGGAGAGAAAUAAUAGGAUUUUCAGGGAUGUGGAGUCCUCCCCAAAAGAGAUUGGACAUAAGAUUGUUCUUAUAGUUGGACGAUGGUUACGAGCUUUUAGUCGCAUCUCAGAUAGACGCUUCCACCAGUGGAUGGUGAUCGGGACGAAGCACCUCAUUUGACCCUCACGUUCUUUCUUCUUUUUUAUUCUCGAGUUGGUUGUUUUUCUAUUGCUUAUUUUUAUUUUUAUUAUUUUUUUUUCUCUUCAUUGCUUGCUUGCUCUACUACUGGUUGAGCUGCUGACUUUUUAUUUUUUACCUUUGUACUUUCAUGAAUUGGUUAGUUUCUUAUAAUAUUCUCAUCAUUCAUCAAAAAAAUAAUAGUAAAGUUAACAAUUUAAUUCAUCAAAUACGGAUAUGAAAUGUGUUAUACGGAUUUUAUACGUGUUUAGUACGAGAUCAAUCAAAUCACGAAAAAAAUGAAACGACUUGAUAAAAACAGGGAUACAAAAAUUUUAAACAAAUAAAAUACGUACGAGUAUAUAUAAGUAUACCAAACCAAAUAUUUACUAACUAUGCUUCUUACCCUACAGAAGAAAAACAUUAUCACAAACGCUGCCAACCGAUUCACAUGUUGAACUCUAUCCAAAUUCCAACUUCAUCCAAUCUUUGGUUCUCUCAUCUUUGUAGUGUAGCCCUGGUAGCAUGUUUGGGCCAGCGAGGAAUAUCUGCUAUAUAGACCCAAGCCAAUCUAUGACUUGGCGCUCCUCCCCAAGCCCCAACCAACAAUGACCUCUUCUUCGCAGCCCAUAAGCGGCGGCCCAGUUAGUGCUUUCCUUUGAAAAGUAAGGCCCAAUCAAUAUGAAGCAGGCUAUCAUAACGGGCCAAUUUACUGUUCUCCAAAACAGAUUGUUGAGCAAGUUGCAAAACUAUAUGUUACUAAAACAAGGAACGAUGGCUAUUCGGUGGCUCGUCAUGUUCUAUUCUUGUCACCCCGUAUGUUAGUGAGAUUUGAUUUAGUUUCACGAUUAGAAGCAUUGUAGCAAGAUUAGGAUUAAAUAAUAAUCCACGGAACAGGCGAAGAGUGAAUAGUGAUUUGGUACUUUAGGGCAGUACUCCCACACAAAUUUCCACCUCACUGGAAACAGGGACAUGUGUUUGGGGGAAGGUUACUCACCCACUUUGAUCAUCAUGUGACCUUUGCUGGAAUUUUAUUUUAUUUGCAGGUUGAUGAGGCCAGCCAGCCAGAGUCGUCUUUUGCACGUGACUAACUGCUAUUUUACUGAUUUCCUCGCGCCUUUUUCUUUAUUUAUGACUCGGCCACAUACAAGAAGAAUCCAUCACCCCAAAUCUUUGCAUCUGUUCUUGUCUCCACGCUCCCCUCUUUUCUUUUUUCCUUUCCUAUAUGCUUUUAUUUACUACCAUGAACCAGUUGUCGCAGAAAUCUCAGUUGCAAUCGAUAGAUGCAGCAGGAAGCGUAUGCUUCAGGUUACCCUGCCUCCACUAUUGAAUCCAAUUAUGUAAAGAUACAAAGCUGGGGAUAAAGAAGUAAGCAAAGGGCGCGCUUCUUCUUUGGUUAAGAAAAACAAGUGCAAACUCAUGAUGAGAGCAUCUCACGAGGAGGAUGUGGCAUAAUGAAGAAUAAACUCUUACUUUCUCCAAGAAAGAAAAGUGUAUGCAGAGUCCUAAAUAUUGUUUACACUAGGAGAAGAGAAAAAUCAUGCAUUGAACCUGUUAUUACAAAGACAUGAUGAAUAGUCUCGUGUUCAUCUUGAUUGUACAUUCUACUGAUGAAAAAUCAAUAUCUGUUAACAGUUUUCCAGCAAUAUUUUCAUUGAGUGACCUGAGUAGUGACUACCAUUUCUAUGUUUAACAAUCUCCAAAUUCAGAAAAUGAGGAAGUUGUCCCACGUUUUCUGAAACCUUGAAUCACCCCGUUGACAACAAUAAUGGACUAGUUUUUUUUUUUUUUGGGAUAAUAACAAUAAUGGACUAGUUAACCAAGAACUCCAAUUCAGUAUUGCCCACAUAACCUAGCAACUUUAAAACAAAAUUUUGGAUUGAUAAAAGAUAAUAAUUCAA